AUGAUACUUUACACUACAUCAAUCAUUUUUAUUCAAUUAUCAUGUCUCUACUCACAAACAUAUGAAUCCACUCAGUUGACAAUAGGCGCUUUGAUUGAAAAAGAUGACGUCGCUCAAGAGAUUUGCUUCAAGAAGAGCAUACAAGCAGCUAAUAAACUUCUUCAGCAACAUGAUUCAUCAAACAAUAGAUUCCAGCUUAUACCAAUUAUAGAGACAAUUGAUGGAGAUGACAGCUUUGAGGCAACUCGUAAAGCUUGUCAACUCCUUGAACGGCAAGUUAUUGCCAUCUACGGCCCAUCAACACCGCAUGCAUCAUCAGCAGUGCAAGCUUUAUGCAAUCAGUUCGGAAUACCACAUUUACAAAUUGAUUGGGGUUAUCAUCAAACAUCGCGUGGAUACGUGUUAAAUGUACAUCCACAUUAUUUAGCCUUUGGACAAGCUUUAUAUGAUUAUGUUCAGAAAGCUAAAUAUUGGGACUCAGUUGCAGUUAUUUAUUCCAGAGAAGAAAGUUUACUGAAAUUCGAUUACCUAUUGAGAACAUUUGAUCAACAUAUAAUACUACGUAAAUGGGACGUUUCAAGUGAUAAUCAGAAAUACGUGAUAAAACAAUUUAAAAUUAGUCAGCCAUAUUAUCGUUUUAUUGUGGAUAUACCAUUUUGGGAGAUACAAGAUUUUUUAGCUCUUGCAAACAUGUACAAUUUGACUUCUCAAUAUUACAGUUAUGUGUUCACGGAUUGGGAUGUCCAAUUGGUUGAUCCAAAAGCAUUCGAAUCAGUUCAAGGAGCUAACAUUACGACUUUCUCUGUUUUACAUCCUAUGAAUGAAGAAUCUGGCUAUGGAGUAGCUGCACUGCUAGAUGAUAUUCGUGUAACCGCCUUACAAGAUAAACGUUUCACACGUAGCUCCACGUCAAGACGUAUCAGCCCAACUCAUUCUGCUCUUCUUUACGAUGGUCUAAGUCUAUUGGCGAUGGGCGUCUUGUCGUCAUCACGUUCAACAAAUAUUCUACCCCAGCUGGUUUAUCCUGUUCUGUGA